AUGUCCAACAAAAUCGGAAACAGAGAGUUUUUGAAUGAAUUUAAAAUAUGUAUUACGUCUUCAAUGGAUAUGUUGCACAAAAUUGUUGAGUGCGCUGUUGAUCAUGAUAACGAUCGUUUUUAUUCAACAAAAGAAGUUUCAAGUCAACAAGAACCAUCGGAAAAUGAUCCAUAUGAAUUUGAUGACGAAGAAGUCAUAUUUCAAAAUCAGCGUAAUUAUAUUAUUUAUAGUGAUUUUUCAAUAUAUUUAAAAUUAAUUCUAAAACAAUUAUUGGAUGAUAGUGAAGUAAUCAGUAUAGUUUCGCAACAGCCUUUUACAAUAUCAAAACAACAACAACAACCGAUUCGAAACAACGAUUUUGAUAAUGAAAGUUUAUUGAUAACAGCAAAUAGUAUACGCUUCGAAAUUGAACUCAUGAAACAUUACGAUGAAACCUUCAGAUUAGAAUCAAUGAGCUUCGACCAUUAUGUUCAAAACGUGCCUAAAUUAUUAUUAAAUUUUAUUAAAUUAUGUACUAUGAGUAAAAGCGAUUACAAAAAAUAUCUGGAUCAAAAUAAUGUAAUUGAUUUUGCGACCAAUGAAGUGACGUGUGAUCCAACAAAGCAAUUGAAACAAUUAUCAAUUUGUUUCGAUGUGAUGUCGUGUAGGGAGCGUACUAAUUUCAAUCCAAAACAUUCAUUAUUAGCAAUUUCUUUAUACAAAUUAACCGGGAGCCGACGGGCAGUUGAACUAUGUAAUAAGUUCGGUAUCGUAUUGUAA